UAAAUAAAUAACCUAUUUUUAAUGGUUCGGUGCUAUUUUAUUGGAGGAUAGUUAUAUAUUUAUAAAGGCUUAUAUUUAGGAACAAAAUGAGCUUUCUCUUUGGAAGUCGGUCUAACAAAACUUUCAAGCCCAAGAAAAACAUUCCCGAGGGAACUCACCAGUAUGACUUGAUGCGCCAUGCAGCUGCCACACUUGGAUCAGGAAAUCUCAGGCUGGCAGUCAUGUUGCCUGAGGGUGAAGACCUCAAUGAAUGGGUUGCAGUUAACACGGUGGACUUCUUCAACCAGAUCAACAUGCUGUACGGCACCAUCACUGAAUUCUGCACGGAGGAGUCCUGUGCGGUGAUGUCCGCGGGGCCAAAGUACGAGUACCACUGGGCGGACGGGCACACGGUCAAGAAACCUAUCAAAUGCUCCGCGCCCAAGUACAUAGACUACUUGAUGACGUGGGCGCAAGACCAGCUGGACGACGAGACGUUAUUCCCUUCUAAGAUAGGGGUCCCGUUCCCAAAGAACUUCCUGUCGAUGGCAAAGACGAUCCUCAAGCGCCUGUUCCGGGUGUACGCGCACAUCUACCACCAACACUUCCCCGAAGUGGUGCAACUCGGCGAGGAGGCCCACCUCAACACCUCCUUCAAGCACUUCAUAUUCUUUGUGCAGGAAUUCAACCUGAUCGAGCGACGGGAGCUGGCGCCGUUGCAGGAGCUAAUCGAGAAACUGACAGCCAAGGAGGCGCGAUGAGUAGAUCACUGUCUGCCACUUGACACCUGACACUGUGACCCAAAAGCGACGUCCACACGGUCAACACAUACCGCGCAUUCCCUCAUCGCAACUGCCUGUUAAAGACAAUGAAAAAUUAUCUCGCGGUAUUUAUUGAUCGUCUGAACCACAAAUCUACUUACACACCGGCCACGACGAAGGCACCCUUACAUUAGAGAUAUACUAAACUUCUGCCCUCCGUCUCCGAUAUUACUACCUAAUACUUUAUAUUUUAUUACCUAGUCUAUGGAAAGUUUAGGAAUGGAAUCUCUAGCGUUGUUCAAAUAACCGCGCUCGCCUCGUAUUCCCGAUGACAUUCGAAUCGAUACAGCAAUUUGUGACGACAAUUCUGACAAUUUCUUUUUUGUGGAGGUGUCUCAUUUGCCGUCACAAAGUUUAAUUUCGUGUGCAGUUAAGAUUUCAAUGACAUCCAGAAUAUGGGACCAGAUGAUUAUAAUUUAAAAAAAAAUGAUACUUACGAUAAUUUUAACUGUAUCGAAAAGUUUAUCAUUAAAACGGUUUCCGUCUCCGAUUACGGUCACGCUGAAAAUAUUAUAGUAAGAAAUGUGUGCCCGAACCUGAGAUGCAGAUUCGAAACGUCCGGAAAAAAUCAGUUUAUCAUAACUAAUUUGUGUAAUUGGAUAAAUCAACGGAAAAAAUCAUAAAAUAUAUGUGACAUAAUUUCCAGGAUUCAGUAUUAGUUUGCUAGAAGUCCCACUGCUAUUCUGUAUUAUAAUCACUGUCAAAAAUAAUCGGUUUAUACGCACGAGGUGUACUUAAAAUUAACCAGUUUAUGACACAAACGUAUGUUGAUAUAAUAAAAAUAGUCCUAGCAUCAAACUUAUGAUAAUCUCAAUAUUUUUAAACUGAUAUUCAGCAUUUUCAUCGCUCCAAGAUGCAUGUCAAUAUUACAAAUAUAUAUACUUACUAGUGAAAUCCAUUGAGAUCGUCCUGUGUGAAGCAGGACAACCUACCCCGUUCAGGAAAUUAUUGCAAUAUUGUUGUCUGAUAAAUAAAUAAUAAUAUAACAACAUGUUUAAUUGAGGGCAUGCUAUGUACGAAGCGAAUUAUCGACCAAUGAAAAUGCAGCCUCACGGUAUUGUAGCCAAUAGAGGACGUGAUUCAGCCAAUUGGGUAAAAUUACCAUUAGCAUAUUGACGUUAUCAAAGUUGCAAGCUAAAACGCCUUGUUUUUAAAAGUUAAAAUUCACGCAUAAAAACACGCUUUUGUAGCAAUAUAAAAAAAAUAAGGUUAAACCGCCUUAGAAAAAUCUCAUUAUUUUUAGUGUGUGCAAAAUUUCAAAAAAAUCGUAAAAAAUUUAAUUCUUAUUAUUUCAUUACAUUAAUUCAAUGUACAUAAAAACGCAUUAAACGCGUGUUAAAAAUAGGGUUGAAUGUGUGAAACUAUAUUCUAAAUUAUCAUCCGCAUCAAGCGAAGCUAAACUAUCUUAGGAGGUCGACCAUGAUGAUUUUUUGCAGCGAUUCAGAAGCGAUACAACCGAAUACUGCGAUAAAGUUGCUAUUUGCAUACCUUUGCACACGCGUGGGCUACGUAAUCAGGAAUUUUCAUCGCUUACGAUCGCGAUACAGCCGCGUUAUACAAGCGUGUUCUAUACCCAAUCACUCGAUAGUUACUGAAGCUCGUGCAACACGUAUAUAGAUAGCUUUUAAUAAAGUAAAUGAUUGAAAGCGGCCGUUACACGAUAAAGAUCUAAACACUAAAACUAGUCUGUCUGUUUGUAGUGACACGGUUCGGAAAGCAAAUUCUACCUAGCAAUUAUUUUACAAAUGUUCUGCUAGAAGCACUAGCUGAAGAAUUGCAGUCAAAUUUAAGCAUUAAAGCAAUACCUUUAAGUUUCAUUUUUAUCUGAUGUUCAAGUAAUUCGGUACUCGAAAACGACUCCUAUAUUUCGAGCAAGCAAAUAAGCUGCUAAAUUUCUCGCGCGUCAACAAAUUGUGCUCCUAAAUCGCUGCAAAAAGUCGCCCUCCUUUAAUUAGCUUAGCUUCACUAAGCGAACUAAGCUAAGUUAAAAUAGUUUAACUUAGUUCGCGGUGGGUGGACACGGUGUUUUAUAGCGACUUACCGAUUUUUCGAUGUUUAUUAAUAUACUAAUGUAUUAAUAAUUAAAAAAAGUAUUUUUUUGUGAAUGAAAUUGUGAUAUGAACUAUUUGGAGACUGGUCGAGACUCGAGUGAAGUUCUCAACGGCUUUCGAUGCCUUAAAGUGAUUCAGGCCUGGAUCAUAAAGUCUAUACAAAGCGUCAUAAAAGUUGAAACUGCGAUAUAAAGUAUUGUAAUUAAGUUCUUCGUAUUACUUCGCCCACCAUAAUAUGAUCUCAACACCGACUCGACUAAAAUGAAAGCAUGGGAUUGUGAGCUUUAUGCUGUGCGGCAUAAGCCAACAUUCACAAUGACCAAGGAAGUAAAGAACCUUCUAUAAAUACAACAAAAAUGUAAUACAAAAAAGCAAAUUCAUCUGGUGCAUUCCGCUGUUGCAAUUUGUUUUUAUAAACACUUAAAAUCAGAGUAUUUUAGCCGGUGACUACUACACUUUGUACUCAACAAAUGUGGACACUUUAAUGGCAAAUCGGCACGUUUAAAAUAUAUGACUUUAGUAGCUUAGGGCCGUUUCCUAAUAUUCCUAAUAUUUAAGACUCAAUGUUACAUGAAAACAUUCAUAUUGUGUAAAGUGUUUGACGCGAUUGUGUGCAAAGACCAUAAAGCUGAUGUAUGAAUUCAACUGUCUUACAUAAUCGUCCGAAUGAAACUUUAUCACUGCUCGAAUUGAUUUCAAUAUUCAAAGAAUUCAAUAAUAGGUAUCAGCCAAUCAGCGGGACUGAACAGUUGACUCACUGCGCAAAUCAACAUUCGCCGCUAACUUCCGAGACGACAUUAAGUUUGAAUCGAACUUUAUCUAAUAUUCGGUCAGCUUUUAUCUUGGGUUUGAAUACGUUUAACCCAUUUUUUAACUUUUGUGACGCGGUUGUGACAGUAUGAUUUAAGGGCGUCAACAUUUUUUUCUUAUACAAGUUGUUGUCCCCUAUCUCAAUAGAUUUUUUUUUUCCGUAUUUUAUAAUUGAUGUCGGUUUUAUUUAUAAAUUAUGAAUAACGACCAAUAGAAUGACACCCGAAAAGUUAAACGCUUAUUAAUAAUAAAGUUCACCUCAAAUAGGACUGCCCAAAUAUCUAUAGCAUUGGAAGUUGGUAUACUCAAUGAACUUUUUAUAAAAAACUAAAAUAAAUUAAAUCUUCAAUUUAUCCUGUAAUAUUCUAAAUAAACUUAGGUCCGAUAAAUAUUUUUAUAUUCAGAAAAUUAAUUUAUUACCGGAUUUGUAUGAAGUAUUUGGAGUUUCCUGUCAACUGUAAGAUUUUCCAAACUUGUAAUUUUUUUUCUUAAAUUGGCAAUAAUAUAGAUCUACUUCAUUUUUAGCAAAAAGAAAUAUUUAGCGCACAAGAACCACAGCCUAGAAUAAACUGUUUAUUUGGUUAUUGCAGUUUGUUACACCGUGAAGUAAAAAAUUUAACUUAAUAUUUGAGGUGCGCUUAACUUAUUGCAGUUUUAAUAUUCGGGAGUAGAGUGGCAUCACAAGCACGCUUGUGGGUAACCAAGCAUUUAAUAUGAGAUUAAAAUAAACCAAUGAUGCCGUGGCUGGAUUUUUAUUUAAUUGUACAUAAAUUCAAGUUCUCAACGUCUAAUCGGUUCACUCACUGUAGGGUGGAAUUAGUCCUUAAGUAUGGUUUUGAAAUUCAACUUUAAUAUUAAUUUAUUUCUAGUAGACUACUUUAUAAGCACUUUUGAAACGUUAAGUCAGUCUGUUUGUAGUGACUAUACACUACUACUACUGGUUCGGAAUACAGAUUCUUCCAAGCACUAGUGAGCGAUAAAUCUAAUAUUGACCGAUACUUGAGCACCAGUUCUUAGUUCGAUGUCGAUUUGUUAAAAUGAGCCUGAGAGAAUCUUUACAUUUAAAGCAAUUCACGAAACUACCUGACGGACUGUGUAUUUAGUCUGAAUUUAUAAUCACAUCGUUAGGGUUUCCCUUUAUCUCCUUCUUGCAACAUCUCAUUUUUUUUAAUACUAUCGUUUGAAGUUUUAUGCAACUGUCACAAGAUGGCGCUCUACAAUCAUUUGAUGAGGCUGUUGUAAGGAAAAAAUACACCUGAUACAAGUUAAUAAGAAAUCCUGGAUUUGAACAACCGUGGAGAGCUUUUUUUUUAAUACAGUCGAUUGAUUCAAACCUUGUCAAUUCGUCAAAAGAUCUCGUUUUUGGAGCACAGCCACGGCAUCGUUGGUUGUCACCACGACAAUUAUGUUAAUAUAGAUGAUUUACAUCCUCUAAAGUAAUUUAGAUUUGAUACAAAAAGUAUGAUUAUAUUAUAAUUAUACUUAAUUAGCAAAGAAUGAUCUUUAUAAUUAAUGCUUUUAUUUGUAUUUUGAGCACUCUGGCGUCUUGUCACUCUACAAAAACACGCAAGUGCAUAUAUUUUAUAUUGUAUAAGCAGAAUUACUUAAAUAGCCCAACGUUCGACAGAAUGAAAUAUGUUUUUCUCAUAUAAGGUGUUAAUCAAAUAAUUCUAUUAUACAUACAAAGUGGCCGGUCAAUAGACGUCACAAAAAAAAAUUAGGUCCGGUAUGUUGUGGAGCAUCCGAAUCACCUCCAUGCAUGUUCCGCGAUUUUUUAUGGUUGUGAUUUUUUUAGCAAGACUUUUUUAGUUUUUAUUUGCUACUGAAUUCUCAUUUAGACAAACAUUUAUAAUUUCAUUAAAAUGGUCAUGUCGAAAUUCCUCAACAGAUCGAAAAAAAAUCUUAACUCCAAAACUAUAAAGAAUCGCGGAACAUACCGGGGGGGCCACCCUGUAUAAUCAUUGUUUAUUUUAAGAACAGUGUACACAUCAUUUUAUUUGACAGUAUCUUUUUUAUUAACUAUUAACCCAUAAGUAAUGUACGAUUUUAACAAUCACUGUACCUAACUCCACUCAAAGUACUUGGUUAGUUCGCUUUACAUUUUGGAUUUUCAGAUCUAUGUAUGUGUACCAUUAUAGAACCUUUCAUAAAAUUACAGUGUAACCUGGUCAAGCGGACCAAGAUAUGCGAGAAAUCUCUACUAUUUUUAUGAGUCCCUUAAGAUGUUAUGUUUGGUGUUAGAUUUUCUACCUAGGUCUAAUUGUAUUCGAUGCGAGAAAUUUAACUAUUAUAUUUAUAGCAUGUUAAGAGCGUAAUCUCGUUGCAAUGGGAAACAGUAUUAUCACUAGAUGGCGGUCUUUCGAUUCUAUACAAAUCGCAGUAAACUUAUAUAUAGUACGCGAUCGAAUAAGUAGAUGUAGGUAGAAAUCCGAGUCUAGGAUCUUAGGUUAUGCUGUAGGUAUAUAUAUAUAUAUAUUAUACAUACACUUAUUAUAUAUAAUAAGAAUAAUUAAUAUUAGGUAUAAUAAGAAUGCAAGUGACUUGACGCCAGAUUGUGUAUAAGUAUUUAGGUUCCUUAUUUAUUUAUUGUGAUGAUUGUAUUCGCGGUAUAGAUAUAAAAGAUUACACAAUGCCCCUGUAGUGCCUACUGUGAGUUUUGUGAGUGUAUAAUAGGAAUUAUUUACGGAGACACUGGUUAUGAAUUUAAACUAAAUUGACAGGUGUAAAAGUAGUGCUGCCCUCUUCACGAAACUUUUUUUGGGAAAGAAUAGCACUACUUUAUGAAUUUUCUGCUUACUUUAGUAAAGCGAUUUGUGUACUUUUUUAUACUAUAAACAUAAUAUUUAUAAGACAAAUACAGCGCUUCUAGUGACUUAACUAAAUUGACAAAUCUAUUAAUAGAUGUAUCCGUUCCCAUCAGGUUGGGAAAAGGACGGCAAUACUUUUAGACCUUUCCAUUUGGUACAUUGUUUUUUGUACAUCAAAACUAGCUCCAACAAUGCGUUAACGUUUGUAAAUUUCGUUCCCAACCUCCCGUUGAGCUUUAAUUGAUUGAUAAAGUUUUUUUUAUUGGAAAUCUGUCAAGAUGUCCAAUUUAUCCACCAAUUAAGUUUAUUCGCCACUUCGCUUUACUAAAAACUGAAAUUACGUCAUUAGCGGUUAAGUGUGGAAUUUUUCAUCUUUUACUGAAUUUUAAUACAAAACUUUGUAUGAAAAAUUGUACAGCAUAGAUAUUUGACGCAAACUAAAAACAUUUGCAAAACUCUUAGUAGCACUGUGUUUAUGUUUAUUUACUGCUAUUCGGUUAGCUACUAAGUUAUUUAGAGAUAUUUUGCGCAUUUUUACAAUCGUUAUUGUUUGUGCAGAAUCGUAUCUGAGGACUUGGCACCGAAGUUAUGAUCGCAAUAGUUGCGACUGGCUGAAUUUACUCUAAUUAAUAAUUUAUGCACUCUCGCUCAAAUUCCCUAUUUUAUAUAUUAUAAAAUUAUUGCCAAUAUUUGUACUUGAAUCCCUAUAUGUACUAAAACUAGAAAAAAACCCGGUGAGUUUUAAAAUGAAAUAAAUAAACUAAAAUUAAUUAUGUUUUAAUACUUUUAUAACAUACCUUGCAAAGUGACGGAAGGAAUGCUUUCAUCAUAACACAAGUAAGAAAUUGCAAUUGCAAUAGAGUCCCGUCGUGACUGCAAUCCAUGCAACUGGGUCGAAAUAUCGACAAAUCCAAAAUAUGUACCCGUUGAAUCAAUAUUUAAGAAAUGUUGAUUAACCACGAAAAUCUUAGUUUAAAAUAUUUAAUACUAUUCAAAAUAGGUUUUAUUCAGUCUUGUACCAGUACUUAGUAUAAAAUUUGCCGAAUGAGCAUUCGUAUUCUUUUUCUAUGAAGAAACACAAUAAAUAACGUCAAAAAAAAAUAGGCUUAACGUCUCUCGUUUUCAUCGUUCCGCUAGGAACGUUGGCAGUAAAAAUAAUAAAACUGGAAACAGAACUAAUGUUUGAGACAUGGAAAAUUCGGUCUAUUUUACUGUGACAUUAUAUUGUUUCGAUUGUCGAAAUUGACUAUGAUUGCGAGUAAAACCUACUUAAGUUACGGUUAGUUUUGUUUAGCAUUUCUUUAAAAUAAAAUUUGCAUCCCUGUCCUACUAAAAUUGGCAUGGAUCCUGACUAUCCCAUUGACGACUUCUAACUUCGGUGCUGAACCCUCUGGGCUCUAAUUAGCUAUGACAUAAAAAUUAUGAUCACGCACCAAAACAGUGUACCUACCCAUAAAAUACAUUUUGACAUUUCUUCAUAAAACUGCUCAAUACGUAAAACAUUGUGUAAAGGUUUAUUUUAACACGUUAUAAAUGUCAUAGCUAAUCGAAGCCCCUGAUCUACGCGCGACUGACAAUCUUUUUUUUUAUUUAUAAUUACUAUGUAAUGUGAAGCAAAUAUACGAAUUAUAAAAUCAA